AUGGUCUCGGAGCACGUCCUCAAACUUGUUCAGGAAACUGACACAGUAACGUCCAUCUGGGCAAAGGACCCUUCCAGGCCUCCGAGCGACAUCAUCAAGCAGCUUUAUGGAGAUCUUAAAAGAGAUCGUAAUUGCGAUGGAAGCAAGCACCGACAACCCGCUUCUCCAGAAGCACAAGACGCUGCGCUGAAUUGCGGCAACUGGGGACCAACAAAGCCUAGCCCCCUCUUCUUGCAAGCAUUUGCAGAUGCUCUGAACUGCUUGGGACCAGAUCCGCUCUCCGGAGUUGUGUCGCCGCCAUUGAUGGGGUCGCAUGGCACCGUACCGCUCACCGUCAUAGCUCCCGUAGCAGACAUUAUUCGACAUUGCUCGAACCUUAUAGCCCGGGCUGAGCGAGAAGUCUUCUUCAUCACAUGUGCCUGGUCACCCUCCAUCGCCCAGCGACUGAUACGGAGUUCCUUGAUCGAGCUGUCGAGACGAUCAGUUGCUCGAGGGCAGCGGGUGACUGUCAAUGUCAUGUACGACAGCGUAGGGCCGUCAAACAUUCCCGAUUCACAUCACAAAGUGAAACCGGAGAGUUACACGUCCAAGUCCGUACAGCUUCCCGGCUCAGACGAGAUUCCUAAUGUCGACCUCGAGGUCACGAGUCUACAUACUAUACCGUUGGGAACACAGCACGCCAAGUUUUGUGUCGUGGAUCGCAAGAUUGCCGCAGUCAUGAGCAACAACAUGCAGGACAAUGAUAACCUCGAAAUGAUGGUGCACUUGGAGGGUCCGAUCGUUGAUAGCAUUCACGACACAGCCGUCAUUACGUGGUACAAGGGCGUCAACUCGUCGCUGCCGCCGCAUCAUCAAGCCUCGGCCUCUGCUGGCGGGCUGCCGACCAAGGACCACGAGAAGCUGUAUCUCGAUCGCUCACCGGGGAAAACAUCAAGCGACAUUGCGCUUGCCGGAGAGGCACAAACGCAGCUCGCAAAACAUACGCCCGAGGAACCGCACUACGACAAGGAUAUCGCGGGCGAAAUUAUGCGAAUCCAGAGCAGCUACUCCAGGAAGGCUGGCGAGACUCGCUUACAAGCUGUCAACAGACAACUGAAUAUCCCUGUCAAGACGCCAAUUGCCCCAACGGGCCCGGAGAUAGCUGAUGGUGAGGAGAUGACACCAUACAUAUCUACCGGCACGGCAGGCCCCGUUCCCAUGGCCAUGGUAUCGCGCCCUCCAUAUGGAUGCUUUGAUUCCAGCAAUGGCUAUGUUCCACAAAACGAAGCAUGGCUGUCUCUUAUCCGCAAUGCCAAGGAAACGAUAUUCAUCCAAACGCCGGAUCUCAAUGCGGAGCCCCUGCUCGUCGAACUGAGGGCGGCUCUGAAGCGUGGGGUCCAAGUCACGUAUUACGUGUGUUUCGGCUACAAUGACUUGGGGGAAAUGAUUCCGGGCCAGGGAGGCACCAAUGAUCAAGUGUCCAAGUCCCUGGUCGACUCUUUGCCGCCUGGCGGACCGGAACGAGCCCUGCUCAAGGUGUACAACUACGUUGGAAAGGACCAAGACCACCCCAUCCACCACAGCUUCAAGGCACGCUCAUGCCAUGUCAAGCUGCUCAUUGCCGAUGGCAGGGUGGGGGUUCAAGGCAGCGGCAAUCAGGACACGCAGUCGUGGUUUCACAGCCAAGAGGUCAAUAUCAUGGUUGACAGCCAGGAUAUAUGUGGCGAGUGGAUGAAGGGAAUCGACAGGAACCAGAAUACAAAGAUGUUUGGCAGGGUCGCGGACGACGGCAUCUGGAGAGACAAGGACGGGAACCCGGGAGAGGGGUACAUGGGCAACCCCGGAAAGGUCAAAGGGCUAGUCAAAGGUGUUGUUGGCAUGGUGGCCAAGAUGGAAGGGUUGGGUGGGUUUUAG